GAAGGACAUUUUCUUGUUCAAAUAAUCAUAAUCAUCGAAGUCCUGGAAUGACCGCUAACAUGCUUCCAACAAGCAAACGUAAAGUCAAAACAGGAUUCCGUAUAGUGUUUCUCUCAUUGCUGAAAUACUUAUACCACUAGUAUUAAGUAGAUAUGUAUAGUUUAUUAGUGAUAGUUAGCAGACUCUUUAUUCUUAGAGACUAAAGAACUGAUUUAAGAUGAUUUUUGAAUACACAUUAUCGAGUGAUUUUGAUGAGUCUGAUUAGUACUCAAAGUACAGUAAUACACUGCAGAAUAUUUUCUCGACCAGGGCAGACAACAUAUACUGCCAUUUCAGUGAACUGGAGCAGGAAGUGAUGUAGACUUUCGCAUGAAACCGUAAACCUGUCGAACAACCUUAUCGGUGUAAACAUUUGUUGCCUUGCGCUGGCAUUAGAGUGUGCGCAGAGUUAGGUUUUUAUAAGAAAAAUAAAAUACAUAGUUUGCAUGAUUUAAUCACACCUUCAGUUAUGGUAGUACUAACUUAAUACUCAGAAAGUAAAAAUAGGCGUGGACACGUGGUUAAAGCUACAGCCUUCAACAAAUUAUUUGAACGAACAAUAGCUACAAUCUAUAAAUGCGCGAAGCCAACGUGGAACUAUAGCCUAAUUAGUUCUAGCGUGAUAUACGACCGUACGGAAAACGAGCACUUUAUUUAAAGUAUGUCUUCUUUUUGGUAGCUUUUAGAAGUUAGCUCGUUAGUUUGUAAAGCUGGGUGGAACCACAAGCUAGCUAAGUUUUUUUUAUUCAGUUGUAGCCUACUAUACAAAACAGGGACAUAUUUAAGAGUGAGUGCUAAAUCGGCUAAUUUACUAGUUUUAAUCUAAAUAACACAAACUGAACGAGAUGAAACGAAAACGCUGAAAAGGACAAAAAAUAACGUUGCUAUUUUUUCCAUCACGUCCAACUGGGGUAAUUUGUACUGUAAGAAUACGCUACUGAAUUCCACAUAUGAAAAUGCAUUCAGAGAUGCCGCUCGGUUAUUUAGCUCUAGUAGUAGCAGCAUCUGUAUUGUGCGUUUUGGUGCCGGAGUGCGCAGCCGACGCGUCACCGACCGGAGAACCUCCGAAAUGGGCCGGGCUGAUGCGGGAUAUACGGACUCGGGUGCUGGAGUUUUCCAAGGAAGCGCACGAGUACGUGGUGUCCGUCGUCGGGACCCAGGCGAUUGACAAGUCGUUGGAGUGUGUUCAGGGAGUGAUCAGAGUUUUGUCAGAGGGAGCAGCUAGCGGGCUGAACGUGGUUGCUGUGUACGUCUCCGAGAUCUUCAAAGCAGCUGGAAUCCCAAUCAAACUGCCAUUUCACCGCAUCACACCAGAAGGCGUGGCAUUCGUAGCUCAAUGGGCCCUGGUGGCUGUGAUUGGCUACUGGCUGCUGUCCCUACUGCUGCGAUUGGUGGGUUCUGUGGUGAGGCGGAUCCUGUGGCUGCUGAAACUGGGCGUGGCACUCUGGCUGUUCUCUCUGAUCGUGGGCGACACCGAGGCAGGGGUGGAGACCACGGCCUUGCGAUUGGCCGGGCUAGUAUGCGCCUGCGUCCUGAUGGGAAUGGGCGGGGCCAGUGACCGCAACCGUGACUCCGCCCACCUGGAGAAGCGCAUCAGGAGCCUGGAGGCGAAACUGAGAACGGUGGAGCGCAAGAAGGAGGAGUGAUGGGAAAAACACGCUAACACACCCAGACACACACAAACACGCAUACACGCACUCUCUCACACAAACACGUACAAACACUCUCUCUCUCACACACACACUCAGAGA